AUGCUCUUUUCUCUCCAGUUCCCAUGUUGGCACCGAACAAGUUCCUGUUCAUCCAUUGACUCUGGGGCCAGUUCAGAAGCCUUUUCUGCAGACUCAGGUUGUCCUCUGGUACCCUCUAAUUCCAGGAAAAACCUCCUGAUUCAUGGCAGAAUCCCCGGCAUAGCCUUCUUGCCAAUCAAUGGAACCUUUGUUGAAGAUGCUUUACAGGUACUUCGCGAUUUCAUUUCACUCAACUUUCCACCUCCAUGCAUGGCAUUCCGUAAUGAUCUGACUCACAGCAUUCUCAUGCGGCUAGAGCUCUUGUCAGAGGAAUUGAAUGUUACCAGCGGCGAAAUGGAAGGCGAGUUUGUUUGCCUCUCUUGCUUUAUAAUACUAACUAAAAUCCAGCUGCCCCAGCGAGUUCUCAUCAGAAUCCCGGCCUGUCCCGCCAUUCCCAUGUCGGACUACAAGUUCAUCUCGGAGACGCCUGAUGAUGUAGUUCGACGAGUCUCCAUGUUCUGCCGCCCUCUAGGCAGCCCUGUUAGCCGUGACACCCCCUACGGCGAUCAUUUGGAUGGCGCGGGUCUUCUCAGCAAAGGCCAUUCUAGUCCGGAUUCCGGCGCUGAGCUGUCGUCAGAUACUGAAAUAACGCCUGAAGACUCAGAACCGCUAUUUAACACUUCUUGUCUGGAUACCAAUUUGGAACGGUCAUGCGAAGGUACGUACUAG